AUGAAAGCUUUUCUGAUGCUACAAGGUGAAGAUGUUUCUGAAGCUGUUGAGUCUGCAUGGUCUCAUCCCAUGAAGACCAUCCAAGAUGAAGAUAAUAUCAUCUCUCUUGUGAAGAAACCGAAAAGAGAAUGGACUCUCAAUGAAAAGUCAGCUGCAAUCGCCAACUCGAAAGCCCUUUUCUCGAUUUUUAAUGCUGUAGAUGAAACUCAAGCGAAGCUGAUAUCCAACUGCAAAGUUGCUAAGGAAGCAUGGGACAUCCUGGAAAAUGCAUUCGAAGGGUCUGUACAAGUUCGAGAAUCAAAGCUGGAUCAUGUUGAAACCUUGUUUGAAGGACUGAAGAUGAAUGAAGAUGAAACGAUUGCUGAUUAUCAUAACCGAUUCAUGGAUGUUGUGAAUCAAGCUGAAGCUCUUGCAAUGCAUUUCGAAGAAAAGAGACUGGUGAGGAAAAUCCUUAAAAGUCUCACAAAAAAUUUCAGACCGGAAGUGAUUAUGCUCGAUGAACCACCAAAGCUGAGAAAUAUGACAUUGGAUGAACUGUAUGGUACGUUGGUGAGCUAUGAAAUGAACUAUAUCGAAGAUGAAGCACCCAAAAGCAUGGCUCUAAAUGUUGAAGACUUGAAGAUGAUAGAGUCUGAUGAAGAAAUGGCACUGCUGAGCCGUAAACUUUCACGAAUGAUUAGUGAGAAACGAGUUGCCAAGCUGAAGUUUGGGAAGUUUCAGAACAGAAAUAGCUAUCAGGGAGGAGGAACAUCCAGUUCUCAACGAAAAUACCCUGAGCAGAAACCAACUACAUACAACAAGCCAAAAGAAAGAUUCGAUGGUGAAUUUAAGAAGAAAUUUGUGGUGUCUGCAAAACCAGAGACGGUUCAAGAACCUACCUGUUAUGGAUGUGGUGGAGUCGGACAUAUUAAAUCAGAGUGUCCAACAGUAAAGAAGAGGGAAAAGAGAGUUUAUCAAGCCACAUGGAGCGACAAUGAAGAUGGUGAAUCUGCUGGAGGUGAGGAACAGACAGAAAGUGAUGAAGUGGUAGCAUUUAUGGCAAAUGCUGGUGAAACCAGUAAAAGUAAUGAGGAAUCCAACCCGAAAGCUGCUGAUGAGUCAAGGGAACUUGAUGCUGAAGAGUUGAUCGAAGCCUAUGAGGAAAUGGUAAUCGAACAAAAGAAAGCUGUGGUGAAGAACAAGGAGAUGCUGGAAACAAUUUAUCGUUUGGAAGAUCAAAAAGAAAAACUUGAGGAUGAACUUGAAAAACAGAGGAAGAUUUCUGAUGAUAAAUCUGCUGAAUCACAGAAGUUGAAGUCAGAGAAUCUGAAGUUGAAGGAUGAAAAUGAUAGACUUCGGAAAGGAAAAGAAAUAUUAGAUGAAGUCCUUUCAAUUGGUAAACCAUUUGGUGAUCACAAAGGAUUGGGAUUCUGUGAAUCUUCUCAAAGUAAACCAACUACAUUUGUGCGUGGUGGUUUGUUAACUGAUGUCAAACUUCCAGAGAAGAAUUCAGUAUCUGUAAGGAAACAGAAUCCAAAGAAGAGCAAAAACAGAAAUUGGAACAGAUAUCGCAGAAGAACUCAGAAUAACAGAUCGUCGUUAUUACAGCCUACUGACUGCAAGUACUGCUUGUAUCCUGGUCAUUCAGCUGAGAAGUGUUUCAAACUGGCAAAGGAUGUUAUCAAUGGGAAACACAUUCGAUGGCCUACAGAAGGUCUGAAACAUAACAUCAAAGUCAAAUUGGUGUGGAUGCCUAAGGAAAGUCUGAAACAGGUGGAAUGCAAUGUGAUUCUGUCAAGCCAAGAGUCUACCAGGGCAGAUCGAUGGUACUUUGAUAGUGGUUGCUCACGAUAUAUGACUAAUCAAAAAGAACUUCUGAAAAAUUAUGUUGAAGACCGAAGUGGAGAUGUUAUCUUUGGUGAUGGUGCAAAAGAAAAAUCAGUGGAUAUGGCGCUCUUGAAAAAGUAG